UUGGCCAAAAGAAAAAUGAUGAUCAUUGGCCAAAAAUCCACUUUUAUCUAUUUCAUGUCUUAAGAGAACUGCUUUUUAACGUGCAAUCAUAUAUUAUCCUCGAAGAUUGAUAAUUUCUCUUAUCGUCCUCUCUCCCAAACAUUUUCGUUAUCUUCUUCUCUCUCAGAAUCUCUCUCUUUGAAGGUUUUUGCAUCAGCCACACACAAUGCAAGCAGACACUCUAACAGCACAUAAGCUUGCUGUUCUUCAUCCAGUGAGACCUUUCAUUAGAAGUUCUUUCCCGCGCUCAAAACUCAUCUCUACUUUCGCUUUCAUUCCCAAAGCUUCCCGCCAACCAGGCUCCUUCCACUUGCCUCAGAAUUCCUCCUUCAAGGGUGUGCGGUAUGACAGUCCAGUAAUGGGUGCAAUGGAGUUAUCUGAUCUUGAAGAUGUGGAUUUGUUGGUGGAGAUGUGCAUUACGCAUACAUUGCCACCGGCUCUAACGCUUAAGCAGGGUCUGGAGAGUAUAACUGAGGCUAUUGAAAAGUUUAAAUUAGAAUCUCCACGUUCUUCCCAGGGAGUUUUCAGGUUUCAGGUGGCUGUUCCCCCGAGUGCAAAAGCUCUUUUGUGGUUCUGUUGUCAACCAGAGUCGUCUGAAGUUUAUCCUAUAUUUUUCGUUUCCAAUGAGAAGGACCCGACGAUUAAGUCAUUGUACUUGAAUGAUACCCGCGGUGUUUUUGGAAUUGGUACUGCAAUUUACUUUGCAAGCUUGUCUUCUACUUCAUCAAAACAAAGUACAUUGAAAAGGUAUGUCAUGAAUGAUUCAGCUCCCAUUAUGGCUUAUGGUUUUGUCAAUGCUAAUAACGGGGAGACAUCUUCACUAAAGAACGAGGCUGGUCAUUCAUACUAUUGCGUUCCCCAAAUUGAGUUGAGUGAGUACGAGGGCAUUUCUGUUCUCUCUGCAACACUUGCAUGGAGUGAAUCUUUCCCUUGUACAUUUGAGGAAGCUCUCCAUUCUUUGGGCUCAUCUAUCUACCAGAUCAGUACUAAUUUUCCAUCUAGUGAAAACUGCCAGUACAAAUAUUUAAGAUCUGCAUUAACUGCUUCAAAACUUGUGGACAGAACAAAUCAGAUGGCAUACAUGAAAGUGCUUUCUGUAGCUGGUGAAGGUGUCAGGACAGGCAUCAUGGAAAUGGAGUCUUCACUCUUCCAUCAGUUCUGCAUUAGGCUUUCACCAAGUGUUGCCGUUGCAUGUAAUAUGUUGGAUCAUAUCAACGAAACUGGCCACUCAGAGCAAGAGCAUGCCAACAUUAAUGCUCUCUGGGCAUCACUCAUAGUUGAAGAAUGUUCUCGUCUUGGUUUGACGUAUUUUUGCAUAGCUCCUGGAUCAAGGUCAUCGCCUCUUGCCAUCGCUGCUGCAAGUCAUCCCCUGAUAACAUGUACUGCAUGCUUUGAUGAACGCUCUCUUGCUUUUCAUGCAAUUGGGUAUGCCAAGGGAUCUCAUAGCCCAGCAGUAGUAAUCACAUCAUCUGGCACUGCUGUUUCAAAUCUUCUUCCUGCUGUUGUUGAAGCUAGUCAAGACUUUCUUCCUCUUUUAUUGCUCACAGCUGACCGUCCCUCGGAGCUACAGAAUGCAGGAGCAAAUCAAGCUAUUAAUCAGGUAAACCAUUUUGGUUCAUUUGUGAGGUUCUUCUUCAGUCUUCCGGCCCCAACUGAUCAACUUCCCGCCAGAAUGGUACUUACCACUCUUGAUUCUGCUGUACAUUGGGCAACUUCUUCACCCUGUGGCCCCGUUCACAUAAACUGUCCAUUUAGAGAGCCACUGGAAAAUAGUCCAAGCCCAUGGAAUUUGAGUUGCUUAAAUGGAUUACACAUUUGGUCAUCAAGCACUGAAGUUUUUACCAAAUAUAUUCGACUUGAAGCAUCUCCAACAUCUACUGAUACUUUUGGUCAUAUGGCAGAGGUUUUGAAAGUAAUCCAUGGAGCCAGAAACGGAGUUCUACUUCUUGGAUCAAUUCAAUCAGAGGAUGAGAUAUGGGCUGCUUUUCUAUUGGCCAAACAUAUUUCUUGGCCUAUAGUGGCUGAUGUAUUGUCUGGUUUACGAUUAAGGAAGAGUUUGUCUCCCUUCCUAGAAAUGAAAAAUAACUUUUUCUUUAUUGAUCACCUUGAUCAUGCUUUGCUUUCAGAUUCGGUGAGAAAAUGGCUAAAAUUUGACGUGAUUAUUCAGAUCGGAAGCAGGGUAACAAGCAAACGUGUUUCAAAGUUGCUUGAGGAUUGCAGUCCCUGUUCAUACAUCAUGGUUGAUAAGCAUCCAGAUCGUCAUGAUCCAUCACAUAUUGUAACCCAUAGAAUUCAAAGCACCGUCUUAGAGUUUGUUGGUUGUUUACUUAAAGCUAGUUUUCCUCUCAAUAAGAGCAAGUUGACUGCUACUUUACGAGCAUUGAAUAUGAUGGUUGAGUGGGAAAUUCAAUUUCAAAUUUCUGCUCAUUACUCUCUAUCUGAGCCAGAAGUUGCUCAGGUAAUCUCAGAAGCACUUUCAUUUGAUUCUGUUCUGUUCCUGGGGAACAGCAUGCCAAUCCGCGAUGUGGAUAUGUAUGCAUAUGGUUGGUCAAAAUGCAACGACAGUGGAGCUGCUAUACCAUUAAACUUACAAAUGCCAUUUUACUGGACAUGGACUUCUGGAAAUAGGGGAGCCAGUGGUAUUGACGGACUUCUUAGCUCAGCAGUUGGUUUUUCUGUGGGAUGCAACAAACGAGUGCUUUGUGUACUUGGAGAUGUUUCUUUCCUUCAUGAUACAAAUGGCUUAGCAAUUCUGAACAAGAGGAUGAAGAGGAAACCUGUGACUGUCGUUGUAAUCAAUAAUAAUGGUGGGGCAAUCUUCAGUCUCCUUCCUAUCAAGGACAAAGUAGAUGCAGCAAUACUAGACCAAUUCUUUCACACCUCUCACCAGGUUUCACUCCGAAACCUAUGUGUGGCACAUGGCCUGAAGCAUUUACAUGUACGGACAAAGAAGGAACUUCAAGAUGCUUUAUUUAUGUCUCAUCAUGAAGAAAAUGACUGCAUAAUCGAGGUCGAAAGUUCCAUUGAUGCCAAUACUACUUUCCACAGUGUCUUGAGGAAGUUCACUUGUCAAGCAGUAGAUCAUGGUUUACGCAUCUUUUCAAGGCUUUAUUCUGAAGAGUCUGUUUCACCUGGACUCUUCCUUUGCAAGAUAAGUAGAAUGGAAUGCACAUUGUUCAGAAUCCCGCUAUGUGCUCCACCUACGACUUCAUCUAGUUCUUUUGAUCAAGUCAGACGGGAGUUCUUCCGAGAAGGUUUUAUUUUGUCUUUGUUUCUGGAGGACGGGAGUCUUGGGCUUGGUGAGGUUUCACCCCUUGACAUCCACAGAGAGAACCUACUAGAUGUGGAAGAGCAACUUAAUUGUCUCAUUCCUAUAUUAAAGGGAGCCAAGAUCAGCAGCUCCAUUCCUCUGCUACGGGGCUCGUUUUCAUCUUGGGUUUUCCAUGAACUGGGAAUACCACCAAGUUCAAUCUAUCCAAGUGUUCGAUGUGGUUUGGAAAUGGCUGUUCUCCAUGCCAUAGCAGGGAGAAAAGGUUGCGGCUUGUUAGAUGUACUCCAGCAUCAGUUAGAUGAAGAAAAGAACUUGAAAACUUUGUCAAAAGUUCAAAUUUGUGGGCUUUUGGAUUCCGGUGGAACUCCAUCUGAGGUUGCUUUGGUUGCUAAGACACUUGUAGAAGAAGGAUUUCCUGCUAUCAAGUUAAAGGUAGCCCGACAACGGAAUGUCAUGUAUGAUGCUGCUGUUGUACAGGAAGUAAGGAAGAAGCUUGGCAACCAAAUUGAACUCCGCGUUGAUGCCAAUAGGAACUGGAGCUAUGAAGAAGCUCUUUUAUUUAGCUCUUUGGUGAAGGACUGUGGCCUCCAAUAUAUUGAGGAACCAGUUAUGGAUGAAGAUGCUAUUAUUAAAUUUUGUGAAGAGAGUGGUUUACCUGUCGCACUGGAUGAAACUAUCGAUCGUAUUCAAGAUAAUCCUGUGAAAGAACUUGCCAAGUAUGCCCAUCCAGGAAUUGUUGCUAUCGUUAUAAAACCAAGUGUGGUUGGCGGAUUUGAAAAUGCAGCAUUAAUAGCGAGGUGGGCACAGCAACAUGGAAAAAUGGCUGUUGUUAGUGCUGCAUUUGAAAGUGGUGUAGGUUUGUCCGGAUAUGUACACUUAUCCUGUUAUCUGGAGCUUCAGAAUGCAGAAGUAAGAAAACUGAUGAAUAUUCAACCAGCCCCAUCUAUAGCCCACGGUCUAGGAACUUACCGUUGGCUUGAAGAAGAUGUAACUGUCAAUCCUCUCAGGUUUCGGCGUGACCCUCAUAGUGGCAUCAUUGAAGCAUCUGUUGCUGAGGCAAAUCAACUUUUAGAAAAUUUUCAAAUCAACCAGAAGAUUGUUUGUAGAAAAUUUACUGACAGGCAAGUUCGCAGCUACAGAUUAAGUGUAGACUCAAAGGGGUUCUCUUAUUCAAUUAAAGUUCUAGAGGUUGGACAAAGAACAAACGAUAACGUGCUCUUCUUUCUUCAUGGAUGUCUUGGAACUGGUGAAGACUGGCUUACAAUCAUGAAAGGUGUCUCAGGUUCAGCCAGAUGCAUUUCUCUUGACCUGCCUGGUCACGGGGAGUCAACAACAGAAAAGAACGAUUGUGAUGUUCAUGGUGUGGAGGAACCAAGUUUUUCAAUGGAGGUUGUUGCUGAUCUACUGUAUAAGUUGAUUCAACAUCUUGCUCCUGGUAAAGCUAUAGUUAACGUUGUAGGGUAUUCAAUGGGGGCUAGGAUUGCCAUGUACAUGGCCCUGAGAUUUGGUGACAAGAUUGGAAGAGCUGUUAUAAUAUCUGGAAGCCCUGGAUUAAAAGACAAGGUGGCAAGAAAAAUCCGUAGAGUUAAAGAUGAUUCUAGAGCAAGAGUCCUUAAGCUCUAUGGCUUACAAAGCUUUCUGGAAGCGUGGUAUGGUGGGGAACUUUGGAAAAGUUUAAGAGAACAUCCACAUUAUAGUCAAAUUAUUGCCAGACGAUUGAAGCAUGAUGAUGUGCAGCCUCUUGCAAAAGCUCUAUCUGAAUUAAGCAUUGGAAGGCAGCCGCAAUUGUGGGAUGAAUUAAAAUGCUGCAAAACACCUCUUUCGAUCAUUGUUGGGGAGAAGGAUACAAAAUUUAAGACAAUUGCGCAGCAAAUUCUAUCUCAAAUCAAUACGAGCAAGAGGAUCAAAGAUGAACCGGCUGUCGAUCUCCAUGAAAUAGUUGAGAUCCCGGACUCAGGACAUGCUGCACAUCUGGAGAAUCCUCUUGCUGUUGUCAAUGCAUUAAGUAGAUUUCUAAUAAGGAGAAGAACACAGCACUCUUCCAACGUGGAUUUAGCAGGCCAAGUCGCAAUUACGCAUGAAAGCCACCUUUUGUAAGGGCACUACUGUCUAUGUUCGGCAUCAAAUAAGAGGUAGGUAUCAUAUUCUACAAAUUAGGUGGUUGUUCAAGUCCUGGACACGUCAUAUGCCAAAAUGUAUAGAUGUUAAUACAUUUUAUUGUCACAUCCUCGCAGGCAAUGAUAUCCUUCUGUUAUUAAGUUCAGUCAUACACAAAUUUCUUUUGAUUGCCUACAAUUAUUGCUUUGCUGUAAUUUUUCAGAGGGAGUGAUCUCUCUGAACUGCCUCGAAAAUUUUGUAUGUUACUGUGAACUGAUUUCACAAAUAAAUUAGAUUUACUCCUUAGAGAUGAACACGUCCUUCUAAUGUAAAGUAGUGAGGUUUCUUGUUAUAUACAACUAUGUUUGAGAACCAUAUAGCUUGAUCACAAAAUAGUAUAUUAAGCUGUUAGAAUGCAUGAAAUAAAAACCUUAAUAUAUUAGGGUUGUUGUUAGAACACACCAAAAUAAAAACCAUCAUGGAUUGACAUGAUGGUAAAAAGGGACAUGGUCUCAAUAAAUGGCUAAGAGGUCAAGAGUUUAAUCCAUAAUUAUUUUUUUAUGAGUUUCCUUGGUACUCAAAUGUUGUAGGGUCGGACGGGUUGUCCCGUGAAAUUAGUCGAGGUGCACGUAAGUUGUCCCGUACGUUCAUGAAUAUAAGAACUCAUCGAAAUAAUCAUUAUAGGUUGGUCUAAUGGUAAAUAAAGGGCAUGACUUUGAUAAAGAGCUAAGAGAUAUGAGUUCAAUUCAUGGUGGGGAGCAACCCCCUACGAAUUUAAUUUUCUAAGAGUUUCCUUGAUACUCAAAUGUUGUAGAGUAAUGUAGAUUAGCCAAACACUUAAGCACCAGAUAAAAAAGAGAAUCAAAAACAAAAAACAAAAAGCGACAUUUCUUAUAGAGCCAUACUAGGACUAGGAGUUGGACGAAACUUUAAAUGCUGGAGCAGAAAUAUCAAAAGGAACAAUGAACUCAUAGUUUAAGGUGGAAAAUAAUAAUCCAACUUGUAGAAAAAUUCUUCCUAAGGAUUGCGAUUCUUCUGCUUAACUAGAAAAUGAAAUUUCCAUUCUUUUGCCAAUGUCUUUCUGUUUACUUGACAAAAACACAAGGUCUUGGAUUGGAAAAUAAUUCAAAAGAUUCCCUUUUGUUUGUUACAAGUCUUAGAUUGUAGAACUUUAUUGUUACAGGAAAAGUCCGAGAAGCUCCCCCCUGAAACCAAUAUGGUCAAGAGAGAAACGAAGUAGGGAAACGUCCAAACAUAUCUUAACCAUGCCAUUGUCUCAAGUUAAAAACUGUCUGAAACACAGCCCAAAAAAAUAAAACUACAGCUGAGACCAUAAAUCCCAAAGAAUAGUAGCUGCAAAACUUGGCAAUUUUUGGCUUAUUAGUAGCAAGCAUCAAGGCGUUGAAUGCGCCUGAGAAUGCCAUCACAAUUGAAAGUAGAAAGGCAUGAAAUGUUGAUGGAAGGCCUUUGAAGAUUAUAGCAGGUACAAGAUUCCCAUUCACUUGCUCAUAAGGAAACAAGAGAAUAAGGGUGACUGUUUUGAAGGAUAAACACAAUAUACUAUACAGGAGAUUGGUUGAAAUGUCCAAGCUUGAACAUGUCUUACCAAGGAUAUGGAAAUGCUGGGCAAAACAAGUAUCUGGACUUUUAUUGAUAUCUCUUCUGUUCUUCAUUGUAAGAAAAUAUAUGGGAACUUUCAUGGCCAAUCCAUGUUCUUUCGAUAUUA